UUAAACUUCUGGCACUUGGCUAACUAACGAUAAUUCUUGUAUUUAUAUCAAAACAUCUCAAAUCUCUUUUUAAUGAUUCCUUUUUUUCAAUGAUCGUUAAUUCGGCUAAUAACUUAAUGGUGAAUUAAAAAAUUUAUCAAAAAAUAAUCAAAAUUUCUAGGCAUGUAGCAAUUCGAAUCUUUUCAUUCUUUGUUAUCUGUAACCUUCAUUCUAUCUCUUUUUCCAACCAGAGCCAUCAUGUUACUUGUUACUUCAUUCUCUGCUCCUCAUCAUUCCAAUCUUUUGAUUCUUUCCUUUGUAGAUCAUUCAUUCUUUUCAUUCUUUCCUUUGUCCGUAACCUUCAUUCAUAUCUUUUUCCAAGAGCCAUCAUGUUGCUUGUCACUUCAUUCUCUCCUCAUCAUCAUUCACCGCCUCCUCUUCCUCCGUCCUUUUUCCUCUAGAACUCUGCCCCUGUCAACGCCGUCAUCUUCUAUUUCUUGUAUUAGGCGACCGCCAAGUCUAUCGGACACGCUAGCGCAGAAAAUAGGGAAAUCAAUAAGCCGACCGGGUGCGCCUUCAAAGGCCCGGGUGUAUACGGAUAUUAAUGUGAUCCGACCCAAAGAUUAUUGGGAUUAUCAAUCCCUUACUGUUCAAUGGGGGGAGCAGGAUGAUUAUGAGGUGGUAAGGAAAGUUGGGAGAGGAAAGUACAGCGAGGUGUUUGAGGGGAUUCACACUACUAAUAAUGAAAAAUGCAUUAUCAAAAUCCUUAAGCCAGUGAAGAAGGAAAAGAUCAAGCGUGAGAUUAAGAUACUGCAGAAUCUUUGCGGUGGACCUAAUAUUGUGAAGUUACUCGAUAUUGUCAGAAAUCAGCAAUCGAAGACCCCAAGUCUUAUAUUUGAAUAUGUGAAUAACACAGAUUUUAAAGUGCUUUAUCCAACUCUUUCCGACUUUGACGUUAGAUAUUACAUUUAUGAGCUGUUGAAGGCAUUAGAUUAUUGCCAUUCUCAAGGUAUUAUGCACCGUGAUGUGAAGCCCCAUAAUGUAAUGAUUGAUCAUGAGCAGCGGAAACUUCGGCUAAUAGAUUGGGGACUUGCAGAAUUUUAUCAACCCGGGAAGGAAUAUAGUGUCUGGGUGGCUUCUAGAUAUUUUAAAGGCCCUGAACUACUAGUUGAUUUGCAAGACUAUGACUACUCUUUGGACCUGUGGAGUCUUGGUUGUAUGUUUGCAGGGAUGAUAUUCCGGAAGGAGCCUUUCUUCUUUGGGCAUGACAAUUAUGAUCAACUUGUGAAGAUCGGGAAGGUUCUGGGGACCGAUGAAUUAAACUCUUACCUAAACAAGUAUAGAUUGGAAUUGGAUCCUCAUCAUGCAGCCCUUGUUGGACGACAUAGCAGGAAACCAUGGGCGAAGUUUAUUAAUUCUGAAAACCAACAUCUCGCAGUCCCUGAGGCGGUUGAUUUUGUUGACAAACUGCUCCGUUAUGAUCAUCAGGAAAGACCGACUGCAAAAGAAGCAAUGGCUCAUCCGUAUUUUUAUCCUGUUCGAAAUGCUGAAAGCAGUAGAACCCGCACUCACUAAAAGAUCUAGCAUGCAAUGGACCAAAUAUCCCGGUCUUGGCUAACAAGUUCUAACAAUAGUACUAGUAUUAUUCACCACCUUGUUAGAUCAUGUAAUUCUAUUAAGCAGAUCACAACGAGGGCCAAUGCAUGAUAAUAUAAAUUCUUUUUUACAUUAUAUCAGUGUAAUUGUAAUUGAUUGUCUGCUUUAUUUUCUAGGUGAUUAGUUCUUAUUGUUACUCUCA